AUGGGCGAAGUGAUCCGAGUGCUGUUACUGAAUCCACUGACAGGCGUCACAUCGCUAGUGUGUCUCCAACGUCCGCUCAAGUGGGAAAACGUGCUGGGUGAUUUCUACCAGGUUAUUACGAACUCAGACGAUGAUCCAGCGCCCAGUAUCCUCACUAAAUGCAAAGUACUAUUACAUCCGACCAAAUCCAAGAACGAGAAAGGAGUUGUGAUUCGUAAGACCGCUUUAGAUCGAUCAAUCCGAGACGGAGAUCUCUUGUCUUUGGAAGGAUUUCAGCUGGACGAGGCCACUGGACCCCCUCCAGAAUUACUGGACAUGAUAGAUACACUGGACUUUGACGUGCCUUUGAAUUUUGGCGCGGAUUUAACUCCAUCUGGUUUAAAUGAUAAUGGAAACAUCUUAUCGGCGGCGAGAUUGACACCGGAACCGGUGAUUAAGCCUGUAGUGAACCUAGAGGUACAGACAGCGCCUCCUUCGACUGCUCCUGAGGGUGCGUGGAAGGGAAGUUCACGCAAAGCAAAGCGUGGGCGCAGUCUGUCGUCCAAGUUCUGGCUUGUGAAUAAAUUGGCAGCCUGCGGCAAGAUCAGUAAAGAGCAGAAGGAUUCGCUCAAGAUGCUUCUUCUUGCCUCGGACGACUCGGCGCUGCAUAAGGCCUUCGAGCAGUACGAGGAGACAGGGGAUCUGGACACGCUGCUUAAAUUGCAUGUAAACUCCACCAAAAAGUCGUUUGCGGGCUUACCGCCGCUCUCUACUGACGCUUUUGACUUCCAGCUCACGCAGAACAUUGAGAACGAGCUAGAUCUGCUAACUAUGCGAAGCUUCAACGUUGGUGGAGACGUCAACUCUCCGCUAAACCAGACUAUUUCUCCUGCUAUUGCGCAGCCAGCAAGGACAGCUAGCGCUGCUCCGAGCAAUGAGCCGAUUCCGUUCUCGAGCUCGAAUGGCGACCUCCUAGACCCGUUAGACGUGUUGUUAGAGUCGUCGCUGGACUCGUUGCCUAUGCCUAUAGGACACGGUGACGGUCAAAACUUGCCGUCAGCACUGCCUGGUGAUCUGCAUGGCAUGGAGGAGUGGCUUACGGAUUAG